AUGCCCGUCCCCUCUGCAGACCAGAGCUUGCACCUUGGACAUCCUCACUUUGGCGCCUGCAGCCCGCUGACCCCGCUCUGGCCGGGUCCGCCUGAGGCCCCGCCGGCCAAGGGCCUGUACUACCGCCGGGCGCGGAGGGUGAGCCCUCCCGACACCGCGCCGGCGCCGGCGGCCGACCCGCAGCAGGAGAUGCUGGUGAACGUGGGCGGCUGCCGGUACCGCCUGGCGUGCAGCGCGCUCGACGCCUUCCCGCUCAGCCGCCUGGGCCGCCUCCGGCGGUGCCGCAGCCGCGAGGAGAUCGGCCGGCUCUGCGACGACUACGACCACCGCAGCCGCGAGUUCUUCUUCGACAGGAACCCCAGGGCGUUCGGCGCCAUCGCCAGCUUCCUGGCGGCCGGGAAGCUGGUGCUGCUGCGGGAGAUGUGCGCCCUGUCCUUCCGGGAGGAGCUGAGCUACUGGGGCAUCGAGGAGGGCCACCUGCAGCGCUGCUGCCUGCGCCAGCUGCUCGCCAAGCUGGACGAGGCCGCCGAGCUGCGCCGGGAGGAGGCCCUGGAGCGGCAGCGCGACGCCCGCGGCCCCGCGGCCCGCCCCUCGCGCCGCGCGCGCUGCAUGCACCGGCUGCGCGAGAUGGUGGAGAACCCGCGGUCUGGGCUGCCCGGCCAGGUCUUCGCCUGCCUCUCCGUCCUCUUCGUGGCUACCACGGCGGUCAGCCUGUGCGUCAGCACCAUGCCCGACCUCAGAGCCGAGGAGGACAAGGGCGAAUGUUCUCGCAAGUGCUACUACAUCUUCGUGGUGGAGACCGUGUGCGUGGCCUGGUUCUCCCUGGAGUUCUGCCUGAGAUUCGUCCAGGCCCCGGACAAGUGCCAGUUCUUCCGCGGGCCGCUGAACAUCAUCGACAUCCUGGCCAUCUCGCCGUACUACGUGUCGCUGGCGGUGUCCGAGGAGGCCGGGGAAGAGGCCCGGGAGAGGCCGAGCGCCGCCGGCUCCUACCUGGAGAAGGUGGGGCUGGUGCUGCGCGUGCUGCGGGCGCUGCGCAUCCUCUACGUCAUGCGCCUGGCGCGCCACUCGCUGGGGCUGCAGACGCUGGGCCUCACCGUGCGCCGCUGCGCGCGCGAGCUCGGCUUGCUGCUGCUCUUCCUGGGCGUGGCCGUCACCCUCUUCUCGCCCCUGGUCUACGUGGCCGAGAACGAAUCCGGGCGGGUCCUGGAGUUCACCAGCAUCCCCGCCUCCUAUUGGUGGGCCAUCAUCUCCAUGACCACGGUGGGCUACGGGGACAUGGUCCCCCGCAGCGUGCCGGGCCAGAUGGUGGCCCUCAGCAGCAUCCUGAGCGGAAUUCUCAUCAUGGCCUUCCCGGCCACAUCCAUCUUCCACACCUUCUCCCACUCCUACCUGGAGCUCAAAAAGGAGCAGGAGCGGCUCCAGGCUCGUCUCCGCCGCUUCCAGAACACGGCCGGCUCGGGCAGCGAGCGCAAGCUCCUCGCCGAUGUGGACGACCCCGUCCUCCAGGACACGGCCUCCCCCAACACCUAUGUGUAA